UCGAAAAUAACUUAUAUAGACACACAGUCAUGAGCAAGAAUUCAGUCGAGCGUUGAACAGCUGUGAGGUUGCUUAUACUACGUAUACAAACUGUUUUAGCGGCGGAAUCGUAAAAAAAAAUAAGUCUUUUCAAAACAGUCGCUUAUUCUUCUCAUUCCACUUUAGCAUGGAUUUCUAUUAUUUGCCUGGUUCUGCGCCUUGUCGCUCCGUGCUACUAACCGCGCACUGCAUUGGCAUUGAGUUGAAUAAAAAGAUACUCGAUUUGCGCACUGGCGAUCACCUGAAGCCCGAGUUCCUGAAGAUCAAUCCACAGCACACGAUCCCCACACUGGUCGACGGUGAUUUUUCGCUCUGGGAAUCCCGCGCCAUCAUGAUCUACCUGGUAGAGCAAUAUGCCAAAACCGACUCACUCUUCCCCAAGUGUCCCGAAACUCGUGCGCUCAUCAAUCAGCGUCUGUACUUCGACAUGGAUCUUUACAUGACGUUCGGCAAGUUCUUUUAUCCACCCGCAAUGGCCAAGACUCCAUUCGAUCCGGAAGGUCGCAAGAAGUUGGAAACACAAUUGGAAUUGUUCAACACCUUGUUGGCCGGUAACAACUUCGUUGUUGGCGAGACGCUGACUUUAGCCGAUCUCUCACUUUUGGCCACAAUCAGCACCAUAGACAUGGCCCAGUUCGUGAAAGACUUCAACGUCGAUGUGAGAAAGUAUGCCAACAUCAAAAAGUGGUAUGAGAACAUGCGUGCCGUCACACCUGGUUUCAAAGAGAAUCGCGAAGGUUGCUUGGCGUUCCAGAAAUUCUUUGAGGGCAAAUAAGCAUGUACAUGUUUGUUUCUAUAUAUCUCUUGUUUGUGUUUUUUACAACUUUUAUAAAGUUCCGCAGUAUUGCCCAAAUAUGUAUGUACUAUAUGUAUAAAUAAAUGUGUAUAUAUGUAA